CGACCAUUGUGUGAUCUGCAGCUCCACUUAACAACAGAAACGAAGGUCGCCGUCGAGUAAAGGGACAGUUUUUCUUAAUUUUUCAAGUUUUCCCAGUAAAUUGAAGUUUAACAAUUACGAACAGUGUUAACCGCGUAUCCUGAGGAUCACAAUAGUGAAAAAAGUGAAAUAUAUUACACUGUAUUUACUGAGCAAUCCGUGUUUGAAAAUAGUGUACAUUUUGCGUGAUGAAUCGAGGCAUGGGAACGCCACAGAAAGAUGACGAUGGUAAGGCGGAACAAGGACGGGCUACGAAAUCCGGACGAAAAGUGAAGCGUCCAGCUCACUUUGAUGAUUCGCCGGACUCGAAAAAAACUGGCGCCAGCUAUGCAGCUUCUGUAGAGGAUGUUAGAUCUCCGAAGGUACAAAGUAUUCCUGAGGCUGCAAAGAAGUCCGCACGGAAAACUAUUCUCAAGAGUGUAGAUGAUGUACCCAGUAAAAAUGGUGGAUUGAAACCGGAAGAGGCCAAAUCAUCCGCUCGGAAGACACUGAAGAGCGUAGAUGAUACUCCAAUCAAGAAUGGUGAAGAGAAGCCUGUGCUGGCUAAACAAUCUGCCCGAAAGACACUAUUGAUAGAAGGGCCGGAAGAAGUAAAAAAAUCAUCGCGUAAAACUAUUCAUGCUCAUGCUAAGGAUGAAUCCCCGGAGCCGGAGGCAUCAAAAAAAUCAGCUAGGAAGGCACUUCUCAAGUCUGCAGUAAAGAAUUCAUCAAUUGAACAAGAACUAAAAACACCAAAGAAAAAAUCCGAACCGGACUCGCCGGCCUUGAAGAAAACUGUUAACAAGGUUGAGCAUGAAAUGGACCCAUUGGACAUUGGUGUUUCCCGUACUGGACGUAAAAUAAAAGUACCAGCACACUUGAAGGAGUUUGAGGAUGUUGUGGUCGCUAGUCCAAAAAAGGAAGCACCAGAAAAGUUUUCCUCACGUAAGUCGAUGGCUCCAUCUAGGAAAAUCGAUUCCGAAGCCGAUGACACUCCCAAAACUCCUGCUAGAGGACGAUCGUUGGCUGCGCCGCGCAAAGAUUCUGAUAAUGAUCCCGAAAAGGAAAAAUCUCCAACAGUCGCUCCACGGAAGUCAACUCCAACUAUUGUACAGGAAGCAGAGGAAAAAUGUAUCCCCAAGACACCUGGAAGAGGGAGACCGCAAGUUGCGUCACGUAAAGAUGAAUCGGCUCCGUCUGUCAGGACAAAUGCUUUGGAGGUCGAAGAAAAAGUCACUACGAAGACUCCUGGUAGAGGGAGAUCAUUGGCUUUAUCGCGCAAAGAUCGUGAUGCUGACCCAGAAGAGGAACGGGUUGCUACAAAAACGCCGUCCCGGCGCGGAAUAAGCACAACAGUUGCAUUAAAAUCAGAAGAUCUGAUUGAUCCAUUGGCCAAUGUUGCUAAAACAGAAGACCUUCCGUCUAAAACUCCAUCUAAGAAAACUGCGCUUUCCACUGCAACACGUGAUGCUUCGCCGAAAUCGGUUAAAGAACUAAUUAAAAACAAGCGAGGAAAAUCUUUGGCACCAGAAGAGUCUAAAUCGUCACCGAGCGAAGAGAAAUUGUCUACGAAAACGCCUUCCAAAAGAGGGAAAUCCCUGGCACCAAUUCGAAAUUCUCCGGAUCUGGUACCUAAAACACCUAAGCUUGCUAAAGUUGUUGAAGACUCAAUGGAGCCAAUAUCUCGUUCGGGACGGAAAAUUAAACCGAAAAAGUUUUACGGCGAAUUUGAAGAGGAGGAUCCGCUGCCAUUCAUUCCCAAAGUGUGUUCUCCGGUUAAACCGGCGGCAUUAAAACCUUCCUCUGUGGAGAAAAAAGAAUCCCCUCAAAAGAAGGUAUCUCCGGUUAAACGUGUAACUUCGUCGGUUCAAGAGCCAUUGAAAUCUGAUGCUUCCCCUCCGAAGAAAACUAAGUUGAAUCCCCAACCUAAUACAAGUACAAAGGUCAGCAAAAUAUCACCCAACACCGAGGAACGUCAAAUCACAAUUCGUGGCGCAAACGAUCAUCACCAUGGCAUAAAAGAUGUCGCGGUAGUCAUCGAGCAAGACCCGUUGGCUGUUAGCUCUGAAGAAUCCCUUGUGACAUCGUCUGUAGAAUCUACCUCCGCAAACAUUUCAGUGAAAGACAACAACGACGAUGUGUCAACAGUUGCCACUCCGGAACAGAAAGAGCAAAAGUCAAAACGAGGUCGUAAAACACUGCCAGCACCAACUGUGAUGGUCGAGGAACAACUUCCAAAGGCACCGAAAACCCCAACGUCUCGUCGAAUGACUGUUAUUGCGGUUGCACCGGUUCAAACGGAAGACGUUGGAAGCAGUCGUUCCGGUAGAAAGAUCAAGCCGAAAAAGUUUUUCGGUGAGGAGGAGGUUGCCAGUAUUCCCGUUCUUAAAACUGACGAAGGUCGGGGAAAACGAAAGACCCUAGCGUUGGAAAGUACUGUAGUUGAAAAGCCGAAGAACGAGCCAGCAUCGGAAGAAAGGAUUGAAGAGAAUAAGAAAACAGCUCAAGAGAUUUCAUCUCGAGAAGAGGUUUUCUCUACGGUCAGCGCUGUCGAGGCUUCGGUUGCAAUAGAGAGUCAGAAAAACACUGGAAAUGAGAAGGCUGUCGUUUCGACGGAGCAGGCGGAAGAGAAAUCCGCUUCCAAAACUGAGGAAUCCGUUAAUGGCCACCUUCAGGAAGAUAAAAACAGCCUCGAAAGACCGCGUCAGCUAGAUAAUGCGCAGUAUCAGGAAGAUGACGAACAGCCGGAUCCAUUGGAAUAUGAUUUAAUGCAGUUGGAAAGUGAUGAUUCCCCGUUGAAUGGAAAUUUUCAAGGGAUUCGUAUCGAGCAAACAUCUCCAGCACAUCAUCUGAUGGAGAAAGCCCCUCCAAACGAUCUUGCGCCGUUAGCUGAGGAACCAGCUGUGAUGGAAGGGUUAAUUGAGGAGCCACCUGUGAUGGAUAGGAUAGCCGAAAAGCCAGCAGUGGCGGAAGAAUCAGCUGUUAUGGGUGAAUUAGCUGAAGAGCCAGUUGUGGAUGAACCAGCUGUGGCGAUAGAGUCGGCUAUGGAAGAGCCGAUGACGACUGAUGGCCAGGCUAUGGCAGCUGUGGUGGAAGAGCUGUCUGUGGCGGACGAGUCAGCUGAGACGGAAGCGUCAGCUGAGAUGGUAGAGCCAGCUGCGGUGGAAGAGCCAGCUGUAGCGGAACAAACCACUGUGGCGGAAGGACUGGCUGAAGAGCCAGCUGUUGUUGAUGAGCUAAUGGUAGACGAAAACAUUAAUAAGGAACGAGAAUCCCAAUCAAUCAAUGAAACAUUGCACAUGGAAUUUGAGACCGAUUCUGUAGUUCCAGAAGAAUUAUUGGCAUCUUCUGAACCAAUCCAGGAAGAGAGUGGAGAGAAGACGGUUGUAUUGGAAGAAAUAAUGCCUAUCGAAGAAGACCAACGCAUACAGGAAGAAACACAAGCGCUUGAAACAUUAAAUGAAAUUGCGCAUGUAGAAGAUGAGAUUCAACAGGUUUCCGAGCCUGCAGUAGUUGAAGUCGAGCCACCGGUAGAAGUGCUUGAUGCUGAUUUGACGCUUGACUCAGAAGUACAUACAAUCAACAGAUCGGAACAAGAAGAAAUCAAUAAUCCAGAAAUUUCAACUAAUAGUAGUUUAUCUGAAGCUUUGAUUGUUGAAGAUGAAGCUUUGGCACCACAAACAUUAGUAGUUGAGGAGGAAAGUGCGGUACCAAACGAAAGUAAAGAACAGUUUGAAGGUUUGGAAUUUUUGGAGGAAUCUACUGAACAAAUACUACCGAAAGACCCAGUGCAUGAAGAGAACGACGUACAACCCGACGAAGAAGUCUCUGAAGAAAAUCAAGGUAUCGCAAAUGAGCCAAGCGAAAUGUUAAAUAAAUCUGACUUGGAAGACGAUCUAGACAGUACCAAACCUCCGAACAUGGAUGAUUUCGGGUUCGAUGAAGAACAAGAGCAAUCUGUCGACGCCCCUGAGCCUACCACUGAUUCAUUUGCCGAAAACGACCGGGAUAAUGAGUCCGUCAUGGUUAUUCCAGAUGCACCAAUAGAACGUAAACUUGAUACAUCAGCACCAGCCACACCGAAAACUCCCGAUUCCAAAUCCAACAACACAGAUGAAAACUUUUCUCCGGACAAACCAGAUGCUCAACAACAGGCAGGUGUCCCACAGGUUAUUGAGAUUUUCGACAGCCCAAUCGCUACAACUUUCAAGUUGGAGGUCAGUGAAACAACCGGCGGAAGCGCUACUAGUACACCAUUGGAAGCAUCUGCCAAAUUGACGGAUAGAGAACGUCUCAUUCAAAACAGCCGGAAACGCUCAUUGUCUGCCAGCGAUGCCGAAGUCUGCAAAAAGAAUGUCACAUUCCACAGUCCUGCCAAUAGUACUAUUCUAGUAGACACGAUCGAUGAACGGUUGAAGAAGAAUGUCAAAAACGAAAGUGCAAAAAAACCAGGUAUCAAUUCACGAAAACGCUCGUUGUCAGAACACAAGGAACUCGGUGAAGUUUUUGGCGAUGGUGUUAAACCUGCAAAAAUCACUAAAUUGCCAAACUUCAAAAACAUUCAUCAGCAACAUUUCAAACGGAUGGAAUCUAUCGAAGAAUUCCACAACCGCAAGGUUCAGCGAGCGAAGAUUCUAGUUAAUAGUGGAUCUAAAAGCCCUGCAGCAGCGUCCAUCACAAAAAUUGGUAAUCAACCUCCGAAAUGUAUUAAUUGUAUCCAUCUAAUAAAAUUGUAUUCUUCCACAGAUCCACAAAAGUCUGAUUUGGCUAUGUCCAAUAAUCUUCUGCGUAAGUCCCCAUACAAAACUGGCAAUGGAACAACCUCCCAUGUGCAGCAGCCAUCAUCCGGAUCGAAGUCCCUCAUCACUAGACCGAUGGCCAGUGGCAUAAAGCCCCUCUCCGAUGCCGAUCGUUUGGCGAAGCGGCAAAAGCAAUUCCAGGCGGCUUUCAAACCGAAAAUUGCUACCCCAGGUGAUAGCAGUGGUACCCCUGGCAGGAAUACUCCGGACGGUACCCGUCGGGUGGUCGAGCAGAGCCGACACAAACAAAGCCAGAUCCUCAAGGGUGUACGGACGAACAAACGGUUUGAGCUGUUGAUGAAAUUUCGAGAUGCGCAGGAAUAAAUUUUUCGGCGAUUCGAUCGAGGGUGGCGUGCGUGCAAUCACAGCUCGAACGUUUAUUGGCCGAUUGCGUUGAUUGAUGGACCGUUUUAAAGAGUAACUUCAAACCGCCUUUUAUUUAGUGGGUUUUCCCACUCAAACAGUGGUUCUUUUUCAUAAUUAUUAGUGUUAUCUUUUUAGUGUCACACAUUAAUAUGCUUUACUAACCAAUAUAUAUUAAAAAUGCACGAACAUGAAGGAAUCAUGGCAUAUCGUGUACCCUCAAUUGCAUCUGUUUUAUUGAACUAAACUCCAGUACAUUCAAACAGGAGGAAUAUAUGCAGUAGCUGUAGUAAGAGUAACUAGGUUAAGUUUUUUUUCGAUCAGAUGACAGGUUAAACUGGGAGGCAGAUGGAGAAAUGAUAAACAUUGAUUGUUGUUAGUCAGUAAAAUCUACAUUGGCAAUUUUUUUUGUCGUGCACUUGUAUGUCAAGAAUCAACCUACAAUGCAUUACUGUCAAUAAACGAAAAUUUAAAAACUUA